AUGAAUACAUUUGGAGAUGAUGUUGACCCAUGGGGGUCAAGAGCAGCGACCAACGAAUGGGCUGAAGAAGCAACGACAACCACACAAUACCCUACAAACGAACAAACAACGCCAGCAACCAUAACAACAGGUUUGAAUGCGGUAUCAUUAUCCGGUGAUGGUGAUCUUUUCAAUUCCAAAACAGAUAUUUUGGAGCAGAGAGUAUGGGGGGAGGCACCACCUGAUCCAACCCCAAAUACAGUGGUUCCAAUUAUUGAACCUAAUAUCAAUCAGCCACAAUCAGGGCCAACCCAAGGUCAAAGUCACGAACAGUCUUCCGAAUUGGAUCAAAGUGAACUAUUCGGUCAGUGGUGUGAUCAAAUAAGGAAAAGCUACAACCCUCUUGGUCCAGAUAUUAUUACUAUUGAAGAGAUCCCAGAAAGGGAGGGACUGUUAUUCAAGCAUACCAAUUAUUCUGUGAAACAUUUAAUUGAGUUGCCUGGGCAAGAUUCUGCUAAGGAUAAUUGCGUGGUAAGAAGAUAUUCUGACUUCCUCUGGUUACAAGAAACCUUAUUGAGAAGAUAUCCCUUUAGAAUGGUCCCAGAACUGCCUCCAAAAAAACUUGGAUCACAAAUCGCAGAUAAGAUAUUUCUGGAAAAGAGAAGGAAAGGUCUUUUGAGGUUUAUAAAUUUAGUUAUGAAACAUCCGGUGUUUCAGAAAGAUGAUUUAGUUCUUACUUUCUUGACAGUGCCAACAGAACUUUCGAAUUGGAGAAAGCAGGCUAGUUUUGAUACUUCAGAUGAAUUCAUAGAUAAAAGAAUAGCCGCAUCAUUUGUAAAAAUGUGGCAUAAGGGGAUUUCUGAACAAUGGAACAAUGCUGCAUCAUCCAUUGAAAGAACCAUGGAGAUUUGGUCACGAAUUUGUAUCUUGGUAGAGAGACAUGAAAGGAAGUUAAAGCAAAUGGCUCAUGAACAAUCAAUUUUUGGAAGUUUGGUCAAUGAUUUAAGCAAUUUGACUCCAAAUUUAUACCCAAUUGAACAAAGUGAUACUGUGUUAGACAUUAAUAAUCAUUUCAGUAUUAUUAAAAAGCACCUGAAUAAGACCCAAGAUAUUGCACAAGAUAAUGCAACCAAAACAUGCAAUUCCCUUCUGCCCAAGUUCAAAUUAUUUACAGAUAUCUUACUUAGUUUGAGAGGUCUCUUUGAGAGAUAUAAGAUAAUGGCAACGAAUAAUAUUCCCCAGUUGCAAAGGCAUGUUGUGCUAAACAGAGAAAAAUUGGAAGCUAUGAAGGGGAAACCUGAUGCUAAUGGUGUAGAGUAUGAUAGAAUCAAGAUGUCAAUUACGAGGGAUAAGAAAAGUAUUUCAGAACAACUUAAUAGAGCUUGGCUAGUGAGAAAAUGUAUAUUAGAAGAGUUUACCAUUUUCCAAGAGACUCAAUUUAUGUUAACGAGAGCAUUCCAAGAUUGGAGUAAACUUAAUGCAUCCUUUGUUGGUAUCAAUCUUAAUGAAUGGGAAAAAUUGGAGGAACAACUGGAAGAUAUGCCGCUCGGGCAAAAUUAG